AUGGCCUCACCAACACUUCCUUUGCACAUGUACAUUAGACCUCUGAUCAUUGAGGACAGCGAUCAAGUUAUUGCCCUGGAGAGCAAAGGAUUCCCACCUCAUGAAAGAGCAUCUGAGAAAACCAUUGAGUACCGUUUAUUGACCUGUCCUGAGCUAUGUUCGGGACUUUUUAUUAGAGAAUUGGACUCCAACGGAAAAGAUAUCAAAGAUGAGAAGUUGAUAGGGCAUGUUAUGGGUACUAAAAUCAAGGGUAGUUUUAUUACUUUGAGCAGCAUGCAAGCAGGCUCACAUGUGGAAGGUAGUAGUACUAUUGCUAUACACUCUUUAGUAAUUGAUCCAGAAUAUCAGAAAAAAAACCUUGCCACUUUGCUAUUAACUGAUUACAUCCAAAAGCUAAGCAACCAAGAAGUUGGUAACAGAAUUGUGAUCAUUGCACAUGAACACUUGAUACCUUUCUAUGAGAGAAUAGGAUUCAAAGUUAUUGCUGAAAACAAGGAAGUCACAAAGGAUCCUGACUUCAGCAAUACCAAGUGGAUUGACAUGGAAAGAGAACUAGUCAAGGAAGAAUAUGAUAGCUGA